AUGGUUGAUCACGGUGAGACAACGAGGAAAGAUCGUCCAUAUUCUCGUGAAAAAGAAUAUGUGACAUUGGAUCAGUUAUUUCAAUACCUACAAUCUUUUAUCAUUGUACAAUGGAUUCUUAACAUAUACAAUGAAAUCAAGCAUAGUAAUAAAAAUGUGGAGGAAACAUUUGAUAAAGUUGAAGAAGGAUUCAAAAGAGCGUAUGUUCAUUCAAUGGAUCUUUACAAUCGAUAUCAGGAGAUUAAUGUGAAUGAUCAAACAAAGCAUUUACUGGAAACCAUGCUUACAUUUGGUGUGGGUAUUAUGGUGAUAAUGAUACGACUUAAUCUAACAAUCUUAAUUGCCAUAGUUACUAUGCUCUUCAACGCCAUAUUGAAUGGAAAAACAGCAAUGGAGCAUGCCUCCAAAUCAACAUCGAAUGCACAAGAAACAGCUCGACAGUUGGUAACCGAUUUAUCUGAAAAAGUGCAGCAAAUUUCACGAGUUUCGACGGGGAAAGUUGAGGAACAAGCAAAUCGCAUUUUGGAUGAGGCGAACAGGAUAGCCCAUUCGACAAUGGGUGUAUCACUGGAAAGCGAUAAUACCGAAAAAACACCCUGGAAUCGUUUCCAAGAUCUUAGUCAUCGUAUUUUAGAAAAUUCGAAGAACUGUGUUGGAGGAUUCUGUUGGGCACAAUUUGAUGCACAAAGCAUUGUACAAUGCUUGAGUGAUUCCAUUUCGCUGGCUGACAUUGUACGUAAAAAUAAGUCGUGGGUGGCUGGUAAGGUUGGGGAGGUGCGGACAUCACUGAAUGAACUGAAGGUAUUUUUGGAGACGGAAGGAAAAUGCUUGAAAAAGAAUCCCGAAGAGAUGCUAAUGCGCUAUUUGCAACGAACUUCAUCUGUUUUACCUGAGCGACUUUGCAUGUUGGAAAAAACAACUGGAAAAGUAUUGAAUGAACAGGCUACAAAUAAACUUGUUACUUUAAUAUCUUAUAUCGAAAAAUUGAAUGAAAAGUUGAUGGAAGCUGACAAUGUGCACGAAUUGAAAGAUGAAGUCCUCAAGGAGGCACAUGACCGUCUAGUUGAUUUGCUGCAAUGGUUAACAGAUCACAUUAACUGCAAUGAUAGUAGUCAUACAGGAAAUUCGGAAUCGUUCGAUGAUGAAUUAAACUAA